GAAAGACAAUUAAAAUAACCUAAAUAGUAAUUGUAUAAAAGAAAUAGAGCAGGAAGGAAGGAAGGAAAAGCAUACAACUUAGCAAUAAUGAAGUGUAAAAUAUCUGGCGAAGUUACAGUAAUAGGUUUGGUUGCUAUUCCCUUAAUAAUUAUUAUCAUUUAUUCUUUUCUUACUAUUUUAUAUACGUAGUAUAUUUUGAAAUAGGAAAAUGAUAAUUUAGCAGAUUCUAUGUAUUCAGAACAAAUUAAAUUUUCUAAAUAAUUUGACAGUAUACUAACUUUUUAAGUGAAUAUGUAAGUCUAGAAUGUUUAUUGGAAUGUCUACAUACAUAAUUAGUUACUUUAAAAAGCACUUGCAGGAUAAAUAAAACUAAAUCCUAAUUUUAAAGAUAUUUUGAUAAAUGUAGAGAGAACGUAUAAUUUGACUGAAGAUCCAGUCAAAUUAAAAAUCUUUAAAAAAAGUUAUUUAUUGGUCAAUUCUUGGUUUUAAAGAGAUAAAUAUUUUUAAAAAGACCUUGAUCCGAUUUAGCAGGAAUAAAUGAUAGUUUUUUCUGCAACAGAUCCCCUUUUUAGAGCUAUAUUGCUUGAGAGAGAUAAUGCUCUUUAAUAAAACAUCACUCGUAGAUUCUACAUUAAAAAUAUGUAUAUAGGAACUGAAUAUGAUGGAUCGGUUUUAGGGCCUUCUGCUAAUACAACAUAUAAAGGAAUCACUAAUCCUAAGUCAUGCCCAUCUGGUAAUAUAUACGAUUCUAGAUGUCGCUAUUGGUUUAAUGAUACUAUUCAUCGCAAGAAUAUAUCUUUGUAUGUUUCUCCACCUUAGCUACAGUAUAGUAAUGUAGGUAUUCCUUUUCUAGCAAGCGUUUUUUGUUAGAGAAUAGAAUUACCUCCUUAUACUCAAUUAAAAGAAUAAUACAGCACAUUAAACAAGUAAGGGAGUCUUUACUCAGUUCUUUGCAACAAUUUAGAUUUGACAGCGGCUGGUGUAUAUUUUAGCAGUUUCAAUUAAAAAUCUGCUUUCAAGAUGUUAAUUGAUCCUUCUACUUAGAUUGCUGUUUAUUAUUCGUUAUUUUAAUUAAAUAGCACUUAAUAACAACAAACUCUGAGUAGUUUGGAGCUGAAUCCAAGGACUACUGAAGAGUAGGCUUUACUAUUUUAAAAAAAGUUGCAAAGUUUAUACUCAAAUCCGAUUUUAGAUGUAAAAGAAAACAUAGAUAUGCUUUAGAUUAAUGAUGAUAGUUAUUAAUCAGGAUUCACCUUCUACCGAUUGAAUAAUCCUCCUGAUAUUCAAUAAAAUCAUACCAAUAACAGCUAUAAUACUCUUUAAUAAAGUACUCCUCUAAAUAAUUAAGUGUCUUAAUAGCAGCAACAAAAACAACAAGAAGAGAAAUAAAAUAAUUUAAAAGAGCAUUAUGUUAUUUUAAACUCAAUACAAACAAUUUAAAAGCUUAAAGACCCCUGGUCUGGAGGGUACUCAAUUAACACAGCAUUUAUUUUAAUAGAUGUUUUGUCUAAGGAUAUGCUUAGUGUACAAGCAUAGUAGAUGUAGUAAUAAAUAAAUGAAUAUAACUAUUACAGCACUAUCGCAAUUACAAUCUUUUAUGUGAUUAUCAUCAUAUUAGUUAUUCUGCGUUUUAUUAGAAUCUUUAAAUUGAUCAUCUCUCCCAUUAAUUAAUUGACAAACAUAUUAAAAAGUGUUUCACUUGAUGAUGAAAAUUAAAUUUCAUACAUAUUAGGAGAUAAGUAGUUAGCACUGGAGUCUUUAUUUGAGUAGGAGAUAUUUCUAUCCCAAGAUACUAAAAUCCUUUAUGAGAGCAUUGUCUCAUUGUUUAAAAUGGUUUAAUUUACUUAGUCUAACAUCUUCGUCUAAACAGAAAGUUAAACCCUCUUAAAUUUAAAUUAGUAAAUAAUACACUUUUAAAAGUUUUAAAAUCACAGAGCUUUGGGUAUAUGUCAUAAUAACAUAGGAUAUAUUCAUUUCAAUGCUCAUAGAUACUAGGAAGCUUUGUAAGAGUUUUCACAAGCAAUAAUUUACUCAAAUUAUGAAGUAAAAAUAUAUGAAGAAGAUCUAGAACAGAGUUAACUAAAUAACUCGAAUUUGAUAAUGUCAGAAGUAACAAGAAAUAUUAAACUGCUCUCAGAUUACAAAAAUAUAAUUAAUCAGAUAUAAAAAAAAUCAAUAACAGAAAAAGAAGAAAAAGUUGUUAGAAAAUCAGCUUUUAGCAGUGGAACUUCUUUGCUAAAUAACAAAAACAUGCAAAAAAUUAAGCAUUAAACUAAAAAAGUUGAAAAAGUAGAUAAAGAACAAAUUAUUCACUACGAAGUACAAAGCGAAAAUUCUCGAAGCCAACUUAAACUCGAAACUCAUGAGCUUUAAAAGUAAUAAAAUGUCUUGAAUGGUGGAAACAAUACAACUAAGAACAAAAAAUUAACUAUUCAGGAAAGUGAGGCUGAGUUAAAUUAAGAAAAUGCUUAAUCACAAAAGCUAUUGAAUUCAUAAUAGCUAUUUUCAUCUCAUUCGCUCUAGAAGAAAAAGCCGAAUGAUAAAAAAAAUCAUAAAUCUUAGCGAAAUACAAAAUAGAUAAGCAUUCAAAAAGAUAAAAGUAUGUCUAACUCUUUGUAAAAUAAGUAAGAGUAAAACUGUGAUAGAAAAAAGAAUAUUACAGAAAGUCUCAGUCCUUCUAGGAGCACCACCUCAAAAGGAGUAAAUCAGGAUAAUGAAGUUACAAAUUUAUUUUUUUGUUUGUAUUCACGUAAAUUGAAUUAUGCCAAAACACUAUUCAUGCUACUUGAGAAACAAAAUGAGACAUUAGGAAACAUGUGGAUUGAACUGGAAUAAUUGUUAUUGGAAGUAAUAGAAAUAGGAAAUCAAAUGACGCUUGUCAAUCAAAUUAAGAGUUUUCAAUUUAGCUGCUACAUUUAUUUAAUUUCACUAGCUUAGAAACUGAACAAUCAGAUUAAACUCGCAGAGUACAUGAGAUGUUCAUAUGAAAUUCUGUAAGAUGUUUUAAACGAAUAAAUCUAGCAAGAUAUCUAUUAAGAAAUCAGACUGAACUCAAAUAGAACAUUAAAAUCAGAAGCUGAUAACUAAACUGUGAUUUCCUCAGAAGAAUUGCUUAGAAAUAGAGAUUUCAUAAGCAACUAUCUUUAAAAGUUAAUAAUUAAAACUCAACUUUUAAAUUAGCGAGAUAUAAACAGCACGUACUUGUUUGAUACUUAAAAAAUGCUACAUUCAUAAAAGAUUAGUACUUUUUAGAGUUUGAAUUAGCACAGCUAAUAACCUGAUCAAAAUUAAACAGUUACCUAACUUCUAACUCAAUUGAUAAAAAAUUCUUGUUCAAUUAAUCGGAAUACUUCUGUUUCCGAAUAUUAUAAAAAGCAAUAAGGCCAAAACAAAUAGCCAAGCUUAAAUACAAUUUAAAAUUUGUAAUUUUCUAAUAUUAGCAAUAUAAACAACAACUAUGAAAAGUCCCCAUUAAUGCAGGUUUUAUCUCCAUACAGAAAUAGCAAAAGUAAAAGUAUGUUUAAAAAAAAUGAAUCUUUCAAUGCUAACAGCUAUAAAUAAGUACAAAUAAACUAAAGUGGUUUAUAAAAGAGCUAAGUUUAUUUAAAAAAGAGAGUCUCUAAAGUCUUGAAUGAAAAAUCACCUCGUUAAAAACAUAACACAGAUAACUUAUAAAUUUCUUAAAAAUUUAACAUAAAAAAUGAGGAAAAAAGCUCUUCGAUCUUUCCAAAAAGUUUAUCAAACCUUUUAAGCAAACAAAAAUAAAUAACUAAACAUGCCAGCAACAAGGUAACAAAUAAGCUUUAGAAAAUAAAAAUGCAUGUCAGAGAAAUAAGUUGUUCAAACCAUGACAUUUAUGAAAAAGAACUUAAAGAUACCAUUCAAAAGAUAAUAAAAAAAAAAGUCAGAAAGUAAGAGAGCAAAGAAAUUACAACAGGAAUUUAUAUGCCUAACUUAGGAUCAAGCAGUUUUUGUAGAAACUCAAAUAAUUAUCAAUAGUCAGAUAUUCUAAUACAAAAGAUGGUUUUUAUAGAAGCUGCUUUGUUAUAUUAAAACUAGGAAUAUUUAGAGACAAUCAGUCUUCUUACAUAGUAGCUUGAAAACGAAUAUUAUUAUGACCCUACUAGCAGACAUCGCUUCGUGCUAAUUCUCUAUAAGAUAUUCAAUAAAUUAAAGAUUGACAUACCUGAAUAGCUAAAAUAAAUGAUAAGCUGUUAUAAUAAAGGCAUAAUAUACAAAGUUGGUUUGCUUUCACUUUGCAAAUCUAAAAAGAAUAGAUACAAAACAUAUAUACUCACAAGAUAAAUUCUUUCAACAAUUCUUGUAAAGCCAUCGGAUCAAUUCUCAUUACUGAUAUACAAAAAUAAUAUGUUCCAGAAUUUAUUCUAGUAAAUAUCAUUAGAGCAGAUUAAUUCAAUAAAAGACUUAAUUGAAACAUAGCUAAUGGAAAUUUUCGUAGAUGAUCAACAAAUUUCACCAAAAUAAAUUGUAAAUGAGCCAUAAACUGGUGCACCUUCAUUAUUAUCUUCUAAUCAAUAAUAAAACAACUAAGCUUAAGCAUUUCAAAAUAAUCAAGAAUUAACCUUAAAAAAUGGUAAUCUUUUAGCUAAAAAGAUUCGAGUUUAAAAGACUCCAAUACUAUUUAAAGGAUAAGAGGAAAAAUAAAAUGAAGGUUAUCAAUUUGAUGCUAAUUAAUUUAAUAAUUAAUCUAAAGAAAACUUUAACAUCUAAAGCUUUUAAAUAGCUUAAAAUGACUCUUCUUUUGCAAAUAUUUUGCAAAUGAACUAAACUAAUUUCUAGUAACCUUUAAUGAACAAAAUUAAAGGUGAUAACUUUUCCUUCUAACCAACAAAUAACUAAAACAGCUUAUAAGAAAGUAAUAUAAAUCUAUAAAAUUAAUUUUAAUCAACAAAUAACUUCUAAAAUAAUCUUAACAUUAUGCUAGUUAAAAAUAAUUCUUUAAUUAGCGAUUCUAAUCUUCUUUAAUAAAAUCAAUAAUAUUUUCAAUCCAUCAUUAAUUUUUCUGAUUUCAAGAAAGAAAGUCUAAGAGGCAUUGAUGAAAUCGAAGAGUUAAAGAUUAGCAAUAAACAAUAAACAUAUUAAUUAUAAUAAGAUAAAAUUACUAACUUUGAAUAAAAUAAUUAAAAUAUAUCCAAUCAUCAAUAAAACAUAUAUUCAAAUAAAUUAAAAUAAGAUUAAAAUUAAUAUGAAUUUAAACACAAGCAAUCUUAAAGCAGCAUUUAAGAAUAACAAUCAUUUGGAAGAAUAAACGAAUUUCAGAGUUAAACAAAUAGUGACAGCUGUGAAAGUUCUGAUGGUGACUUUGCAAAUGAAAACAUUUUUGCUUUAAAAAAUUUAGAGGAUGAUAUUCAAUCUGAACAAAAUACAUUAUUAUAAAACACAAACGAUAUGCUUAGCAUUGAGGAGUAGUUAAUCAUAGGAGUAAAUAGAAUUAUCCUAAGCCACUUUUAUCAAGAUAACUAUAAUCUCUUACAUGGAAAAAUUUAGACAGAAGAAUAAAAACUAAAACAACUAAAUUUAAAAAUUCAAAAGAAUUCUGAAUAGUUUGAUAUUGACUGCUUUAAUUAUUUAAAUAUAAAAAAAUUCAUUAUUUGUGUAACAGACUCACUAUAAAUAAUAAAAAAAACUGAAUCAUAUUAAGAAAUGAUUAAAUUAUUAUAUAAACUAAACACUGAGCUUCUUAUUCUUUAAUUAAAUUAACAAUCUCACUUUGAAGAGACAAACUAUCCUGAAAGCGAUUAUUUUAACAAUUAAUUAGUUUUGCAAAUAUUUUACUCAGAAUAAAAAUUAUUAUAAUAUUUAUACAAUAACAGACAUAAUCAAAAUUAUUUAUAUUUACCUUUAACUGUAGAGUAUUUUUAAACGAACUUCGUAUUUGUAUUUAUUUUCUGA